UUUGAAAAUAGUUAGUCCAAGCAAAUUCUCACCACCCUUGUUCGAAAAAAAAAACAAAACAAAAAAUCAAACGAUCGAUAUCAAAUGUCAUUUUUAAGGUUAAUGGGAGCCAGCAAUCCAACUCUCUUUCAUCUGGUCACUCGUUCUGCACUCUCUUCUACUUCUUCUGCUUCUUCUUCUUCACUCACAAUCAAGGCUUCGUUUUCAUUAUCAACAACAACAGACAUGGUGAAAGCAAUCAGGGUUCACGAACAGGGAGGCCCUCAGGUUCUGAAGUGGGAAGAUGUGGAAAUUGGAGAUCCAAAAGAAGGCGAGGUUCGUCUGAGGAACAAAGCUGUCGGGGUUAAUUUCAUUGAUGUCUAUUUUCGGACAGGAGUUUAUAAAGUCCCUUCUUUACCUUACACUCCAGGUGUGGAGGGUGUUGGGGUGGUCACUGCUGUGGGUGUUGGAGUCACUGACAUACAAGUUGGAGAAACUGUAGCUUAUACGUGUCAACCACUGGGCUCAUAUGCUGAAGAGCACAUUCUUCUUGCAAAAGAUCUAGUUCCCCUCCCUCCCUCAAUUGACCCCAUUAUCGGGGCAUCCAUCAUGUCCAAGGGCUUGACAACUCGUUAUUUGCUUCAACAAUGUUUCAAGGUUGAACCUGGUCACACUAUUCUUGUACAUGCAGCAGCUGGUGGAGUAGGAUCCUUAUUGUGCCAAUGGGCAAAUUCUCUUGGUGCAACCGUUAUCGGAACUGUAUCCAAUAAAAUGAAGGCAGAUCAGGCCAAAGAGGAUGGAUGUCAUCAUGUAAUAAUCUACACAGAAGAAGAUUUUGUUGCUCGUGUCAACGAAAUUACAUCAGGCAAUGGAGUUGAAGUAGUCUAUGAUUCUGUGGGAAAAGAUACAUUUGAGGGAUCUUUGGCUUGUUUGAAGCUUAGAGGUUACAUGGUAAGUUUUGGGCAGUCAUCGGGCACACCUGAUCCAGUUCCAUUAUCUUCCCUGGCUACAAAGUCCUUGUUCCUGACAAGACCCACCUUAAAGCAUUACAACGUCACUCGGGAUGAGCUCUUGGAGGCUGCAGGAGACUUGUUUGCCAAGGUUUCUUCUGGUGUCUUAAAGGUGCGAGUUACUGACACCUAUCCCUUGUCUGAGGCAGCAAGAGCACAUGAAGACCUGCAGAAUCGGAAGACCACAGGAUCUGUUGUGUUGCUACCCUAAGGAUUCCCCACUUUCAUAUAGGUCCUAAAAUAAACACCAAUUUCAUGUUUGAUUCCUUUGGAGAGGAACUAUGGUAUUGUAAAUACUAUGUAAGCCGUGUUGUGUUGUGUUCCGCUGUUCAGUUCUUUGUACUCGUGUGAAUUUUGGCCGAAUGUGGCAUCAGGAUAAUUUUUUUAUUUUGGAAAAGCUGUUUUUUCCUGUUUUUCCAUCCAUUGAAUGUGACAUGUAGGUUUGUUUUUGCAGAAUUAAUGAAACUCAGCUGAACGGUGACAUCGUUGUC